GGCUCCUCUCUUGUCACCCCCUCCCCCGGCCCGGGGCCACCUGCGCCCCGCCCUACCGGCCGCACCCCAGCUGGGGAACCAAGAAGCCGGCUGUCCGGGUUUCGUGUGCGCCGCGGGGAUCAUAGCGAGUUCUGCUUCUGCCUGGACGGCUGUCCUGGAUCCGGAAAUGUGGCCUCUCUGAGAGCCCUCCGACUGAGCGGGUCUGCGGCGCGAACUCACGGGUGGGAAGUUGGUCUGUACUCCGGCAAGAUGACCAGCCCGGCGGGCACACAAAACCAGGAAAUUGACUGUCUGAGCCCAGAAGCGCAAAGACUGGCGGAGGCCAGGCUUGCAGCAAAGCGUGCAGCCCGCGCCGAAGCUCGAGAGAUCCGCAUGAAGGAGCUGGAGCGGCAGCAGAAGGAGGUAGAAGAAAGACCAGACAAAGACUUCCUUGAGAAGGGGUCCCGUAACAUGCCCAGCUUGUCUGCUGCCACGCUGGCUUCUCUGGGCGGGACUUCCUCCCGGAGAGGAAGUGGAGAUACUUCCAUCUCCGUGGACACCGAGGCGUCCAUUAGGGAAAUUAAGGAACUUAAUGAGUUAAAGGACCAGAUUCAGGAUGUAGAAGGCAAAUACAUGCAGGGAUUGAAAGAGAUGAAGGACUCGCUGGCUGAAGUCGAGGAGAAGUACAAGAAGGCCAUGGUCUCCAACGCCCAGCUAGACAACGAGAAGACCAACUUCAUGUACCAGGUAGACACGCUGAAGGACACGCUUCUGGAGCUGGAAGAGCAGCUGGCCGAGUCUCAGAGACUAUAUGAGGAGAAGAACAAGGAGUUCGAGAGGGAGAAGCAUGCCCACAGCAUCCUGCAGUUCCAGUUUGCCGAAGUCAAGGAAGCUCUGAGGCAAAGGGAAGAAAUGCUUGAGAAACAUGGAAUAAUCCUAAAUUCAGAAAUCGCCACCAACGGAGAGACUUCAGACUCACUAAAUGAUGUUGGGUACCAAGGCCCUACGAAGAUGCCAAAAGAAGAGCUGAAUGCCCUCAAGUCAGCCGGGGAAGGGACACUAGGAAAAGCCAAAGAAGUGGAGGUGAAAAAGGAAAUUGUGGAGAAUGUGGGGAAAGGAGGAGCCUUACAGAAUACUGAGCAAGAACAGCCCAGACCCAACCCAGUAAAGGAUUGUGUGAACAAAGGGGUGGCACAUCCCGGUGAGAAGGCUGAGGACCAGAAAUCCGCUGAAGACAGUGCUCUGUCCCCACGACCACUACCAGGGGCCAGUUAUGAGCAGCAGGUUCAGAGCCAAGCUCAAGAGAACACUUCUCUCCUCAAAACCCCAGAGCAGAUUGAGUCACAUGAGGUCACAGACAAGCCAGAUGGUAGGACCAGAAACUGCUUGGAACAGUCCAACUGCCUGGGAGGUCUAGACAGUGAAGAGUCAGGGCCCAUUGCCUUGGGUACCAGAGCUCGAAGUGAAAACUCUAUAGGUGAUCAGGAUGAAGAGAAACAAGAGGACCUGAAAACAGACUUGGAGAAAGUUAGUUUCGAACCAUGUCCACACAGAGUUGACGAGGUGCGCUGCACGAACUCAAGGGACACAGGUGACAAUCACUUAGAGAAUGCGGUAGAGGCAGGACGAGCUGCAGGUGGGGAACAAGCAGAUGCCGCAGCCUCCGGUCCUUUGGAGCGCAGCCAAGACACAGCUGGUCAUGAUAGAAGCUAUAGGAAUGACGGGGCGGAGCAGAGCUCAGAGGGAGAACUCACCCAAGAAGUAGCUGAGCCUGAGGAGGCCCUCAUUCAGAGCCCAGAGGCAAGUGGGGAAAACCGUGUAACAAGGGCUGAAGACACAGAAGUAAGGGAUGAGAAGCCCAUCCAGGCAGAAGUCCAGGCCACCCCUGGGACUCCCACAGUGCAGAGCGGCCAUCAGGAUGCAACAGGCCCAGGUAGCACAGAUGCCAAGCGUGCGCCCCUUGAUGCGAAAGAACCUGACAAAGGAAAGAGUGAGCAGCAGGUGGAGGCCUUGGAUUCACCGCAGAAGAAGUCGAAGAACAAGAAGAAGAAAAACAAGAAGAAGAAAUCUCCAGCCCAAGCGGAACCCCGCAAAGACGCCAGCCAAGAGUUAAACUGUCAGAACACAGAAGCGGGUGACCUGGAGGAAGAACAGACCCAGUUCCCUGACAAAACGCAGGCAGCAGAAACCCAGAGUGAAGAGACAGAAAGCCCAGAACAAAAAAUCACAGCAGGAAGCAGCGAACAGGUUGAUUGCCCAGAAGAUCCGAAAACUGAGUUUAAUGGAAAACAGAACCAAGAGGAAAAAGAUGGUGUAAAAACCCAGGCAGGGAAGGUAGCGGCAGCCGGAGACACAUUGACAUCCGAGGCGGAUGCAGCGUGCGAGGCGGAUGUAGCGCAGUCGUCAGGCACCGGUGCUGAGGGUGAGGAAAUUGGAGAACACGUUACAGAUGGUCCCGCUGAUGGUCCCACAGAUGUCUUAGAUCAGAACGGUCCCCAGUACGAAGAAAGGGACAUCUCCUUGAUGGAAAGGAAAGAUUCCCCAAAGGAUGCUAACGACGCUUCUCAGAGAGGAAGUGAAGAGGGGCAGGUACUGUCCCAACAUCCAGGCCAGACGGUUGAGAAGGCUGAAAAUGGCUGCGGCAUAGACAACAGUGACCUGUCAGGGGAGCUGGGCGGCUUCAAUCCAGAAAGUGGAGUGCAGGCAAGAGGCGAGGUUGAAAAAAGCAAGAAUAAGGAGGAUUGCACCAUGUCCUGAGGGGACCGGGAGGAGGCAGGCGGGGGAGACCGAGUUUCAGAGAGGGCCAAGGACUCAACACACUAAGCCCAACCUCAAGAACUUCAACUCCACUGUGGAGGUUCACAAAUGUUCCAGUCCCUGUGGAUGGACCACGUGUCAAUCAGUCACCAAGCAUCAACUACUUUAAGUUACAGACUGUUACUUGUAGAUUUGUAUUCAAGCCUUGAUCACCUAGACACACCAACCGUUGUUUUCGGUUUCAGUUCCAGCUGAGAACAUUCCAUUAGCGUCAGGCGACACCACGUCCCUGUCAUGUCUGCAUUCCAGCCCAAAGCCAAGACUUCACCAUUUCGAGACAAAAUGUGGAUGUGCUUGACCAAAUGUAUCAGCGUCUAGUUGAAGUGACCAAACAGCAUUCUUAGAUUUCUGCGUUGUGAGACGUGAACAGAUAAAAUUAAUGUCUUAUUAAAAUAGAGGUAUUCUCAUAUUUGAUCUUAAUAUGUGCAUCAUAACCUGUAUGGUAUAUAUUUAAAGGAGUUAGAUGGAUAAGUAGCAUACAGGUCACUGGGUGGGAGGAGCUGCACCUCAGGGUAGAGAUCAGUCACUGUCGGGGAUCAAACAGGGAUCAGUAAACACAGGGAGACCACGUGCCUUUACCUCACGGAAGUGCUGUAUUUUGCACCAAAGCUCAUGGAUCUUAUUGCCGAUGGUACCCCGGUUAAUUUUACCAGAGAUCUUUAUUUUACUUCACACAGGUGAUCUGCUAAAUUCAUUUUAUACGAAUAUUUUAUUUUAUUUUUUUCCUUUCUGUUAACGACAAGUUGAAAUGAACAUUUCCCACAUCAGUUAUCAUCUUAAUUUUAAUAGUGAUUUUCCUAUCUGAAUGUCUACUUAUGAUUAAAGGAAAUUACAAAAGUUGUCUGUUCUUAUGCAAAGGACUCACUAGAUUAUAAUCCAAUAUUUUUGUGUUUGGUAUAAAUAUUUUUAUUUGCUGUUUCUCAAUAUUUUCUUAUUGGAAAGUUAUUAUUUUGCCUGUCUGAAGAAAUAUGUAUUUUCUAUAUAAAGAAGCAUUUACAGAAUGAUCAUAGAGUUGAAUUAAAAAGUAAUGGUAGAUAUAGAAUCACAAGGGCAUGUACUGUAUGAUUGCUGUUGACAUGUUAUGGAAUCCUGUCAAUUCAUACUACUGUUACACGGCAAAGUGGAACGCAAAAGACCAAACCCUCAGUAAGAUCUGAGACAAACUGAAGUGUCAUAUGAUUAAAAUAAAAACAUUUUAUAAUUUUA